GUCAAGGCUCCGCUGAGAUCGCGGUGCUGAUCCUGCUCCCGCUCCACAAGCACUAUGCGCCUCUUCUGUCGAAUGACCGUUCGUAACGCUAUAAUUCAGAUCUCGACCGGUGGGUCGUCUUCAUGCUGCCGUCAUGCAGACGAACUAGGUUCUAUGAUCACCUGUCUCCGUAACUUAAUCCAAUGCUGGGCGACCUUCAGCCCAACUCGAUCUUGCCAGUCCUCCACUGUGUCCUCCCAUUGGUUUGUUAUCCUAUCAUGGCGUAGUCUUCAUGGCUCGCCAUGCAGCUGAGCCACAGCGCGAACACCCCCGUCGAGCGAACUGGACUAUCGUUCCAGCAGAUGCAACCAGAGCCCGUCUUGGAUCCGAGGAAAGCCCCCCUCCUCAUACCCUAACUGAUAUCAGUGCACGACCCAUGUUGCAAGUACCCACCUCGCUCAGGAUCCCUGCCAGGCUGAUAUCCACGACCCAAAAUCCAGAAAUGCCUGCAUGAAUGCCA